AUGGGCUUCAGCUUGGAACUGCUCAUGGUGCGACUGAACAUUAAGAAAGACAUAUUGCCGUACACCAAUCUCUUCGCCUUCGCUUACGGAUUCAGAGUCAACUAUCCACUGCCUACAGGUGCGAAAGACUUCCCGUUAAAACGAAUAUUCCGAAGAGACGUCUACGGAGAUCUGGAACACCUUAUUUCGCAACACGGUCUGGACGGCCGCGCAUGCGUGCUGCGAGCCAUCUGUGAAGCGGCGAGCCUCGAGAAGCCACGGGGUCUCGUGCAGAAGCUGCUGCACCGGAUAUUCAGUGUACCAGCAGACGAGGCCCAGCAUCUGCAGCCGUACCACGUGCUGGAGGGGGGCUGUGAGCGCCUGCACGAGUCCUGCCCACUGUCGCUGCUCCACAUGACCGUCAUGCUCGAUCCCGACGAUGACAUCUGACGUGGAAACGCUUUUCAUCUGG